AUGGGCCAACCACGCAUUCCUCCGACACCCGUUGAGACUAAUCUCAGCGGCAAGACCAUCAUUAUCACAGGCGGCAAUUCUGGUUUGGGGUAUGAAGCAGCAAGACAAUAUCUUACUCUAGGUGCAAAUCGCUUGAUCCUUGCCUGUCGCUCUACUCCUAAAGGCGAGGAAGCUGCUGCUUCUCUACGAGCAGAUCCCGCUGUCAAAAAGGCGAAUCCUGGUGCUUCAAUCGAAGUGUUUGAGCUCGAUCUUGACGAUUAUCAAUCUGGGCUUCGUUUUUCCAAGAAAGUGAAAGAUGAAGUCAAAGAGCUCGAUAUACUUCUAAACAAUGGCGGGCAUAUGGCAUUGGGCUACGAGAAAAGCAAAAGUGACCACGAGCGACAAAUGCAAGUAAACUGCUAUACUCACCUUCUCAUCUCCCUCGAGUUAUUUCCGCUCUUACGGUCGACUGCUGCGAUUCGAGGGUUGCCGUCACGCAUUACAUUCACGGGUUCCGGAACUCAGGUUACGCAAAACACUUUGACUAAGAAGCCCAUCUCACCUGACAGCACAGUUCUCGGCCAUUUCGACGAUGAAGCCAACUACAAUAAAUACUUUCGCUACGCUGAUACCAAAACUGUUGUCAACGCUUACGUCCGGCGCUUGGCUGCCCUGGCGCCCGCUGAAGUUAUUGUCAACAACCCCUGCCCCGGGCUUGUGCAAACGGGAUUUGACAAGAACCUGCCCUUCUAUCUCAAGCUCCCUAUGGCGCUUGUUCGUAGGGCCAUGGGCCGUACGGUAGAAGAAGGUGCUCGGACAUUGGUCUAUGCUUCUGCCGUGGCAGGAUCCGAGGUCAAUGGCAAGUUUUUGCAGCAUAACAAGGUCGAUCCUGGCGCUGCUUUUCUUAAUGGACCUGAGGGGGAGAAAUUCAUCAAUACGCUCUGGAAAGAAAGUGUGCAAGAUAUUGCCGCUGUAGAUCCUAGUCUGAGCUCUUAUGCUUAA